AUGGGCACGAGAUCUAAGAAAGAGGUUGCGUUGUGGCGUAUUGCCAAGAAUUGUAACGCUGUGAAGCUCCAGCAAUUUUUAUUGAGCAACGAGUCGGACGACGACAUUCAAGAUCUGCUCGAUUUGCCUCAUCCUGUAAAAGGAACGACCCCAUUGAUGAUCGCAGCAAGUAAGAAAUAUGGGGCAGAUACUGUACGUGGUCUACUUGAUUUGGGUGCCGACCUGCACGUUACCGACACCGGCAAGCACCAGAAUACGGCACUUCACUACGCAGCUUACAACAACCGUGUCGUUCAGCUGGAGUUGCUGCUCGAGGCUGGAGCCGACGUCUUGGCCCUUAACGGCAAGGGUCACACAGCACUGGACGUGGCAAGACUUCGUGGACGAAAAGAGGCAGCUGCAGCACUGACUUCUCGUUUGGAGAUGCACAGUGACUGGCUAUAUUUACGUUCCAAGUCGAUGCUUGGGUUUUGGAGGCGGCGUUGGUGUGUGCUAUUGGCGUGCAACUCGAAAUGCACAGCCACUGAGCUCUGCAUCUUCCGAUCUCCCGACAAAGUACGUCCAGAAGCAGUGUUGUGGCAAGACAGUUUGACGACGAAUUGCACGGCAUUAGUAGGCGAAAAAAAAAACGGCUUCAAGUUGGAUACACGCGUAGUCUACCAGAAACUGCGCUGUCGUCGCUAUAGUCGAUACAAAUCCUCAGGACGAACGCACGCCCAGAAGGCAAACUUGCAGCCACGUGAGUAUGUCUUUGCGUGCGAUACUGGAAGCAGUCGAGAUGCGUGGAUGAGAGCACUGGAAAAUCAACAGCGCGGAACAAAUGCGACUGUGAGUUCCACACACACAAGCUCAUCGCACAGAUCGAGCGCUAGAUCCCGUGCUGCUACUGUUGAUUCCCCACCCUUACCAAGCGUUGGUUCGCCAGUUGAACUCUCUAGAAACUUUGACACAUCGGCUCAAGCAGACGAGCCAGGAUUAUUGGUAACUUUUGGACCAGUGCAGCCCACGGCCCGCGCCUCAGCUCCAACGCUUGUUGAAGACGGAAAUGAUUUUGUCUGGCGUGACGUGCCAGCAUCGCUAUCCUCUCGUGACCAGGAAACACUCCUACAGACGACGGUGAUCACUAUCAGUAGCGACCCAAAUGAACCAGAGCCACUAGUACGAGGCAGAUGUAUUGUUUGUGUCGAGAACCACCGUGACUCAGUCUGUAUCCCGUGCGGACAUGUUGCAGGUUGCUAUGGCUGCAUAAGGGCUGUCACGCAGGAGAGCUCUUCGUGUCCAGUUUGCCGCGCUCAUGUCGACGGCGUGGUUAGGAUCAGGGGUUAA